UGCGCCGUGGCGGGGGCGGGGCCGGCGCUCAGCUCGGUCAGGUCAUGGAGGCGCCCGCCGCCGGUGUGCUCCUGCUCCUGUGUCUCGGGGCCUGGGCCCCGGCGCUGAGCGCCGCCUCCUCGGAGGCGCCACCGCUCGUCAACGAGGACGUGAAGCGGACGGUGGACCUCAGCAGCCACCUGGCCAAGGUGACCGCCGAGGUGGUCCUGGCGCACCCGGGCGGCGGCUCCGCGCCGCGAGCCUUCUUCCUUCUGGCCCUGGAGCCCGAGCUCGAGUCGCGGCUGGCGCACCUCGGCGUGCAGGUAAAGGGAGAAGACGAGGAAGAGAACAAUCUGGAAGUUCGAGAAACCAAAGUUAAGGGUAAAAGUGGGAGAUUCUUCACUGUCAAGCUCCCAGUUGCUCUUGAUCCUGGGGCCAAGAUUUCAGUCAUUGUGGAGGCGGUCUAUACCCAUGUGCUUCAGCCAUAUCCAACCCAGAUAACCCAGUCAGAGAAACAGUUCGUGGUUUUUGAAGGGAACCAUUACUUCUAUUCUCCCUACCCAACAAAGACCCAGACCAUGCGUGUGAAACUUGCCUCUCGAAAUGUGGAGAGCUACACCAAGCUGGGGAACCCCACACGCUCUGAGGAUCUGCUGGAUUACGGACCUUUCAGAGAUAUACCUGCCUAUAGUCAGGAUACUUUUAAAGUACACUACGAAAACAACAGCCCUUUCUUGACCAUCACCAGCAUGACCCGUGUCAUUGAGGUCUCUCACUGGGGUAAUAUUGCUGUGGAAGAAAAUGUGGACUUGAAGCACACGGGGGCUGUGCUCAAGGGGCCUUUCUCACGUUACGAUUACCAGAGGCAGCCAGACAGUGGGAUAUCCUCCAUCCGUUCUUUCAAGACCAUCCUCCCUGCUGCAGCCCAGGAUGUUUACUACCGGGAUGAGAUUGGCAAUGUUUCCACCAGUCACUUGCUCAUUUUGGAUGACUCUGUGGAGAUGGAGAUCCGGCCUCGCUUCCCUCUGUUCGGUGGCUGGAAGACACAUUACAUCGUUGGCUACAACCUCCCAAGCUACGAGUACCUCUACAAUCUAGGUGACCAGUAUGCACUGAAGAUGAGGUUUGUGGACCACGUGUUUGAUGAGCAAGUAAUAGAUUCUCUGACGGUGAAGAUCAUCUUGCCUGAGGGGGCCAAGAACAUCCAAGUUGACAGUCCCUAUGAAAUCAGCCGUGCCCCAGAUGAGCUGCACUACACCUACCUGGACACUUUUGGCCGCCCUGUUAUUGUUGCCUAUAAGAAAAAUCUGGUUGAACAGCACAUUCAGGACAUUGUGGUCCACUACACAUUCAACAAGGUGCUGAUGCUGCAGGAGCCCCUGCUGGUGGUGGCUGCCUUCUACAUCCUGUUCUUCACUGUCAUCGUCUAUGUGCGCCUGGACUUCUCCAUCACCAAGGAUCCGGCUGCAGAAGCCAGGAUGAAGGUUGCCUGCAUUACAGAGCAAGUCUUGACCCUGGUCAACAAGAGAAUAGGCCUAUACCGUCACUUUGAUGAGACCAUCAAUAGGUACAAGCAGUCCCGGGACCUCUCCACCCUCAACAGUGGCAAGAAGAGCCUGGAGACUGAGCACAAGGCUGUAACCAGUGAGAUUGCGGCACUGCAGUCCAGGCUGAAGACCGAGGGCUCCGAUCUGUGUGACAGAGUGAGUGAAAUGCAGAAGCUGGACGCACAGGUGAAGGAGCUGGUGCUGAAGUCAGCAGUGGAAGCUGAGCGGCUAGUGGCCGGCAAGCUCAAGAAAGACACGUACAUUGAGAAUGAGAAGCUCAUCUCAGGAAAGCGCCAAGAGCUGGUCACCAAGAUUGACCACAUCCUGGAUGCCCUGUAACCUGCCGGGUCAUUCUCAGGCAUUAACCAACUGCCUGCACUUGAGAGGGCAGAAGGCGAGUGGAGGGAGGUGGCACAGGUUGAUAGGCAGAGGACCCUCAGGAAGAGAGGCCAGGGCCUGCUGUUGCCCUACCAAUAGCUGUCUCUUGUCCCUUGUUGGUCUUUCUGUUGUUUUUAAGUUUUAAAAAAUCCCAUAAAAAUCAAACAUCUUUGUGUUUUGAACAAAGACAUUCAGUAGUCAGUUGUUUAUUAUUUUUUCUGAAGCCUAUCUUGGGUAUUUUUUUCAGGGCUUAUAAGCCUUCUAAUUUCCUAAUUGGUUAAUUUGUGAGUUUUUUUGUUUGUUUUUUUAAAGUGUGUGUGACCAAAUGAAAAUA